AAUCACUUUAACAUCAAACAUAACUGCAAUCCAUAGUGUGGCCUCAUCCACUAACAAAUGUUAACGCAAUGUAGCAGCUGUCGAUGGGGAAUACGUGGGUUCCGCAACUGGACGGCUAAGUAUUUCUUUGAAAGGAAGAAAAGUAUUAUGACUUAAAACACAGACGGUGGAGUAGGAAACCGCCACGCGUAAGUUCGUGGAAGGCUUCUGGUGCAAUACGACGGCGUAGUCUUUCUUUAUAUGUUUCAUUCUGCGACCGCCAUUACUCCUCUCUCUCUCUCUCUCUCUCUCUCUCUCUCUCUCUCUGCCAUGGAAUUCUUCUUCUGUAGGUGUUUGAAGAAGAGCUUGUUUGAUUAUGGCCAAUGAAUUACCUCCUCAUUUCAUCAGGAUGGAGGGCUAUCGCAGCAUAGACUGGAAUAUGGAAGAACUGUCGUCUGGGGAUGUCCCGAGCGGUAAAGAGAUACCCUCCGUCCUGGAAAAGGGUUGCAAUGUGGGGAAGAAGCUUCUCAUCGCUGGUUUAGCCAUAUCCUCUGCUCCUGUUCUUCUUCCUCCAUUGGUCAUUAUGUCAGCCUUUGGAUUUGUAGCUUCAAUUCCCUAUGGAGUUUUCCUCGCCUCUUAUGCUUGCACUGAGACAAUCAUGAGUGUUUGGCUUCCUAUGCCCCUACCCCCAGAAAUUGACCAUGGUGAUGAAGAAAUAGUGGAGGAAAAUGACUACAAGGAAGGCAUCGUCGAUGAAGAUGAAAAACAUGGGAUGGAAAUAAUAGAGAGUGGGGCGAUUUUGGAUGAUUUGGAUAACUACGUAGCAGUAGUUCAGGGGGACGAAGAUGAACCCGACAUUGGAAGUAGAGAUCAAGGGACAGUCAUUGAAGUGACCAAUGUAGAAUUUGAAGGAAAUGGUGAUAUUGAAGAUAAGGAAGAACAGUUGGAAGAAACCAGGGGUUUGCUCAAAAGAAUCCGGGAUGAAGGAAGAAGAUAUGACGAUUUUACUGAGGCUUAUGUAAGUGUUGAUCAUGUUCGAGAGCUCGAGAUUUUGUUGGAGGUUGCCAAACCAAGUGAUUAUACUGAAAACAGUGUUCGUGGUUUGUUGAGUGAAGUUGACUCUGAUGUUGUUCAUCCUCAAGUAGAAUACGGAGCUUCUGAAGUCUCAAGCAAGCUUGCCCAGCCUGAAGAAGCUGAACAACCUCUUUCAGUAACAAUGAUAGAUGUGAUUGAAUCUGAAGAGGAUUUGUCUAUAUCAGCAGUGACUAUUGAACCUAAAGUCGAGGCAAAUGCUCCACGUAAAGAUGAUAGAGUGUCUUCCAAUGAGGACCUAGCAAGCGAGUUAAAGAUAAGAGAAAACAUUGUUUCAAUGAAGAAAAUCAUAGGAUACAAUACCACACCAAUCGGAACAUACAUAGAUGAAGUGAAUGCUCUCUACUCCCUUGUCGGAGUCGAGCCACCUACCCCCCUGAAAGAUUCUUCUGAUGAUGAUCUCAAUCUGCUUAGCCAGAGGUUACAAUUUCUCAUGUCUAUAGUAGGGGUCAAGUAGAUGCGUUAGAAGUUUGUAAUUCAAUAAAUUGCCAUUGUGCAUUUUUGUUUUCCAUUGUCAAUAUUUCCUUAUGCUCAUCCCCAGUUUGGUUUUGUAAGUUAAUGCACCAUGAAUACUGUAACCUUUUAGACUACAAGCUUGUUUGAUAACCAUUUUGGUUUCUUUCUUUGAA